UGUUCGACUCAAAAUUGUCGAGUGUUCCCACAAUCCCAAACCCCUCGAUGAACCUCCCCCUCCUCCAACUCCGGAGCGAACUGACGCAGCGCAAAGCGAACCCUGCGCCGACGCAAUCCUGGCCAACCGUCGCGCAUCCUCCCCAGCCGUCCUCUGACCUUCCGCGAACCUAGCCACGCCGCUCUUGGACCGCCAAUUCACGAGCUGCACCGUCCCAAGCCACCUCAAUCUGGCCAUCCACGCGCCCGACGACCACCCCAUAAAGACCGAGCAUGGGCCCCGCGCCUGAUGAUGGAGGCUCAGCGAUCGAGGAUCCCCGACCCGACGACGAACUCAACGACAACAACAACAACUCCAUCACCACCGCCUCUUCCGACCCUCCCGUCCUGGCUGGCGCCGACAUUCGUACGAGAGCCCGGACCAUGACGAGCACCGAAGAAAUCGACAAUACCAUCAUCCGGCCGGGCUCCGUCCGAAUCAACGUGAAGGGUGCCUUCAUCGUCGACCCCGAUUCGAGUUCUCCGAGCAACAAUGGCCGAGGUUCGCCGACCCACCACGAGACGAGCGAUAUCCGCCUGCCCAACCACCAUGCCGUCGUGAGCCAUAUCGCUGUUGACAUUGGCGGCUCCCUGAUUAAGCUUGUCUACUUUACGCGCGAACCCCACUCGGCCGAGCCGGGCGGCCGUCUCAACUUCCUCAACUUCGAGACCGACCGCAUUGACGACUGCAUCGAGUUUAUGCGCCACCUCAAGGACAAGCAGCAGACCCUCAAUGGCUCUCAACCGAACGCGUUGAGUGUCAUGGCGACCGGAGGCGGCGCCUUCAAGUUCUACGACAAGAUGCGGGACGUCCUGGGCGUGGAUGUUCUUCGCGAGGAAGAGAUGGAGUGCCUCAUCAUUGGUCUCGACUUCUUCAUUACAGAAAUACCUCGUGAGGUCUUUACCUACAGCGAGACCGACCCAAUGCACUUCGUCUCGCCCUCGGAGAACAUCUAUCCCUACCUUCUUGUCAACAUUGGCUCCGGGGUCUCACUCCUCAAGGUCUCGGGUCCCCGCGAAUACCAGCGUGUGGGCGGAACCUCGCUCGGAGGUGGCACCCUGUGGGGCCUCCUUUCCCUCCUCACCGGCGCUCGGACCUUUGACGAGAUGCUUGACCUGUCCGAACGGGGGGAUAAUGCCAAGGUGGAUAUGCUCGUUGGCGACAUCUAUGGCGGCGACUACGGAAAGAUUGGCCUCAAGAGCACGACAAUCGCGUCUUCUUUUGGCAAGGUCUUCCGCAUGAAGCGCACAGCCGAGAAUGAGGCAGAGGAUCACGGUGGGCUACACAACGGCGACAUCAAGAACACAGGUCCUUCUCCAGACGCUGCCGAGUCGGCUGAAGCCGGCCACCACGACGCUGCCGAGCAAGACUCGGACCAGCCGUUCUCCGGUGCCGAUAUAUCCCGGUCUCUACUGUACGCCAUUUCAAACAAUAUCGGUCAGAUUGCCUUCCUCCAGUCGCAAAUCCACAAUCUAGACCACAUCUACUUUGGUGGCUCAUUCAUCCGCGGGCACCGGCAAACAAUCAACACCCUCAGCUACGCCAUCAAAUUUUGGUCGCAAGGCAAGAAGCAGGCUUACUUCUUACGCCACGAGGGCUAUCUCGGCUCUGUGGGCGCCUUCCUCAAGCGCCAGCCUCGCAACUGGGGCCGCCGCGGAUCCUUCGAGCAGGCCGAACCUCUUGAGCGCCGGCUGCGGGAUCGCAGGAUACAUGACGCUGAGAUGCAGAGUCUCGUUGAUGACUACGCCUCAGAGUCUGGGCGCGAAUGAAUUGAGACUCUAUUCACUAAAAGGGGAGGGGGCGGAACGUUGUCGACUUUGAGCUAUUGGGCGUUGUACGGUUGGGGCGCAGUGUUCUCUGGCAUUUAUGAUGCUUGAUGGCAGAGCAUAUGCGGCAUGUGAGCGACGUUGGAAAAUAUGACCGGCCUAGGCGGGCCGGCUGCUCGACACAUAUCAUUAUACUUAUCACAUACCAGUCUAAUGUUAACAUAUUGCAACUCGGCCGGUCUGUCGAAACGGACCGGACCGUGCAUGCCAGUAUGCAUUACAGCUUCCACCGCCUCGACCUUAAGUCCACCCGGCGCGAUGUCAUCAUUUCAUGGCUAACCCGGACGCGCACUCCGGUUUCUUACUCUUUAGACCGGAUUGUUUGGGCAUCCUUCAACGAAGCAAAGGUACAUCCUCAUUGACGCCGGCGCAAUGCGUCAGCCAUGUUUCCAAGCAGGGAACUCCGCAGCAGUACUCCAGCCUGACCAGCUGCAGGUCAUAUUCCCGCUUUUUCGAGACUCGCGAACCAGACGCGUCUCUUCCGCCGCUCACAAUAAGCUACUAACACAAGACGCUGGACAGUUUGUGGAGCACCCGGAAGUCGUCUGUUAAAGGAGUAUCCAAAAGGGUUACGGCAAUCACUUUGGAUAAUGCCAUCCGUCCCCGGCAUGACGACAACCCCGAAGCUUGAAGCUGCCACUGACCUGAUUCCCCUCCUAUGAGGGCAAAGUGACAGCGGACGAAACGCCCGCUUCCGAGGUAUGAGACGCAGACAUUCGAAGUAAUGGAGCAUCACUGCCUAGCGGCGCGAGCAACAAGCUCUCCACUUUCACAGAGCAGCCUGCUCCCAUUCGGUGUCGUUCACAGUGCCAACACCAUUACCAGCAAAAUGAACCUAAAAGACCCCUUCUAUCGUUUAUGUUGCUUUACCUACAGGAGAGCUAGAGGCCCUGUCUGCUCUCCU